UGUCCCUAGGACACAGCGGAUAACCGAUCAAUGGAAAGAGCUGAAGAUGUCGGCUUGGUCAUGUGAUCAGCUGUGUCCAAUCACAGCUGAUCGCCUGUACACUGAUCAUCAGGGCACUGAUGAUCAGUGUGUCCUGAUGAUCAGUGUAGUCCCAGCAGUGCCACCUGUCAGUGCCCAUAAAUGCCAGCUGUCAGUGCCCAUCAAUGCCACCUGCCAGUGCCCAUCAGUGCCCAUCAGUGCCACAUAUCAGUGCCUACCAGUGCACAUCAAUGCCACAUAUCAAUGCCCAUCUGAGCUGCCUUUCAGUGUCACCUAUCAGUGCCAGUUAGUGCCACCUAUCAAUGGA